AUGAGGCCGAAUUGGCUACUCCCUUCGUCAGUAAGUCUGUGGAGAGGCUUUCCGACCGCAUCGCCAAAGCCUUUCGUCGUCGCGAUCACCAGCGCCUGGUCAAGGUCAUCGUCUCUACCAAGCUCCGAGACAAACUGGCAUCCUGACCUGCUAUCUCUCGAGCAGGCGGCGCGUCGUUCAGAGAUCGUAAGGAGACCCGAGACAUUCGAGCGCGUUCGAAGCUGUUUCCGAACUGAGCUACGCUAUCCGACGUUUCAAUUUCUACUAGGAGUCCUAGAAGUCGUUCAUCGUCUCGCCUUGCGUUGGGCUAGGAGACCAGGCUUCAGCAUCAGACGUAUUGAGCUAGCAUCAGCCACCAAACGAGAGAGUUCGGUAACAGUGACGCAGGUUGAGUCGGACGCAAGUAUCCGAGUACGAGGUGAACGGAAGACUGAGAUCCCACCUUUCCUGCUUAUGGUCGACACUAUCGACAUGCUCCCGCGGUUCGGAAAGCCGGAGUAUGGGCUUGAGGAUGAGGGCGAACUGGCCACUCCUCUCAUCAGCAAGUUUGUGCCGAGGCUUUCUGACCGCAUCGCCGGAGCCUUUCGUCGUCACGAUCACCAGUGCCCAGCCAAGGUCAUCCUCUCUACCAAAUUCACUAGCCCCAACGACUGGCGCCCUGGUCUGCUACUUCUCGAGCAGGCUGCGCAUCGUGCUAUUCGUCGAGGGAGAGAAGGCGUUUUCCCUACAGAUGCCUAUUCAGGAGACGUUUCGAUCCCAACACAGCUAAGCCAUAAGGCGUUUCAAUUUCUGAGUCUAUGGGUCUCAGAAAUCUGUUCACUUACUCGUCUUGUGCUUAGGACCAGAAAACCUGGGUCUGGCGUCCCCUGGAGUCUGCGCAGACAACAUGAGACGAGCAUCCGUGCAUCUACUUGUUACAGUUCACUGAUGUUUCUCUACAGAUUUGACGUCGAGUUGGGGUUAGCUGUCGGACGAGAGGUCGUGGCUGCCAUGGGGCACGCUGAAUUGGAUACAUGUCUCUGGAUGCGAGGCAGACGGCGACGGCGGGAGACGCUCACCAAAGGAGAACUGGCCACUCUGUUUUGUUUCGUGUAUCCCAAGGCCGACGACGAGAAUACCAAAGAUGACAGUGGGGAAGAAAAGUGGAGUGGAGUGGCGGGCUGGUCGUCUUAG